AUGUCUAGCACUGCCACCGUUGGAAACAGCCUCACAGAGCGCAUUGGGGCACACUCCCAUAUUCGUGGGCUCGGGCUCACUGACGAACUCCAGCCGGAAUCUCGUGAAGGGAUGGUUGGUCAGGAGCGUGCAAGACGUGCAGCUGGGAUCAUCUACCAGUUGAUCUGCGACGGAAAGCUCGCUGGACGCGCUAUUCUGAUCGCUGGGAAGCCUGCCACCGGGAAGACGGCGCUGGCCACGGCCAUCUCUCAAUCUCUAGGUAAGGACAUCCCCUUUACAUCAACAUCAUCGAGUGAGUUUUUCUCCCUUGACAUCAACCAAACGGAGGCUCUGACUCAAGCCUUGCGUCGUUCGAUCUCCGUGCGCAUUCGUGAGGAGACGGAACUCAUCGAGGGCGAGGUUGGCCAGAUCAACAUCAAGGACGACACGACAACUGGUGAGAAGAUGGGUGAAAUCAUCCUCAAGACGUUAGACAUGGAAAGUUCAUUUGACAUAGGGGCGAAGAUGAUCGAACAAUUGACCAAGGAGGCGGUGACAGUGGGUGACAUCAUCAGCAUAGACAAGAUCACAGGGAGGCUUACAAAGGUGGGUCGCUCGUUCAGCUGUGCUGAAAAGUUCGAUGCAAUGGGUGCCCAGACGAAGCUAUUGCAGCCUCCCACUGGCGAGCUCAUUACCCGGCGUGAAGUGGAGCACGAUGUUACGCUCCACGACAUGGACGUCAUUAACUCCAGAAGCCAGGGCUUCCUUGCUCUGUUCAAUGGAGAUACGGGCGAGAUAUCAAUUGAGGUUCGCGAACAAGUCGACCAGAAGAUAGCCGCGUGGAAGGAGGAAGGAAAGGCCACGGUCAUUCCUGGUGUUCUUUUCAUAGACGAAUGCCACAUGCUUAAUAUCGAAUGCCACUCUUUCCUCAAUCGCGCCCUCGAGUCGGAGCUUUCUCCCAUCAUAAUCUUCGCUACAAACCGUGGAAUUGCGCAGAUAAGAGGCACGGAAUACCAGUCGCCCUUUGCUAUGCCAACAGAUCUGCUCGACCGCCUUUUGAUUAUCCACACCGAUGCAUUCACAGAGGACCAGAUUCGCGAGAUUCUAGUGGUGCGAGGAGAGCAAGAGGGCGUCGAGUUCGAGGACCAGGCCAUCGACUUCCUCUCCAAGGUCGGCUUUAGCACGUCUCUCCGCUACGCCAUCCAGCUCAUCACGACGUCGCACAUUAUCGCGCAGCGCCGCCAGUCGCACCAGGUUGCUCUGGAGGAUUGCCAGCAUGCAUAUGGGCUCUUCAUGGACCUCGACCGCUCCUGCGAGUUCCUCACGAGCUACGGGGCGAUGUUCUCUUUCAACGAGGUUACGACGGGCGUUGUUGUCGGCGGGGGCGCGCCAGGCCCUGCGGCACCCGCUGUGCCGCCUGCAUCCCGGCCCGCCCGGAAGGCCGCGAUCGCCCUCGGGGAGGACGAGGCGUGA